GAUCUUUGGGGCAGCGUCAGCACACUGGUGCUGGACUGUGACGGAGUCCUGUGGAGGGGCAACACUUUAUUGCCAGGCACGGUUGAGGCCCUCCAACACUUUCGGAGCCUGGGCAAGCGGCUGCUGUUCCUGACAAACAACUCCAGCAAGUCGCGGCGCCAGUACCUCUCCAAGUUCCGGUCGCUGGGCAUCCAGGCGGCGGCAGAGGAGGUCGUGCCCACUAGCUUUGCGGCAGCGGCGUACCUCCAGAGCAUCGGGUUUAGCAAGCGCGUCUUCCUGAUUGGCAACCGGGGGGUGGAGGAAGAGCUGGAGGAGGCAGGACUCGAGUACGUGACGCUGGAGAAACUGAGCAGCGGCAGCAGCGGCGUGGCGGCUCUGGAACAGCGAUGGACAGCGGAGAGCUUUGGCAGCCUGCAGCUGGACGACAGCAUUGGGGCAGUAGUAGUUGGCUGGGACCCCGGCUUCAGCUACGCCAAGAUCUGCUAUGCCUCUGCCUGCCUGCGGGAGCUGUCGGGGGGCUGCUUGUUCAUCGCAACCAACCUUGAUGAUGCAGAUAAUAUGGGCAAUGGACGAAUGAUGCCCGGCACCGGCUGCAGCGUUCGUGCUGUGGAAGCAGCAGCAGGCUGCACCGCAUUGAACGUAGGGAAGGGUGGCGAGUGGUUGCUCCCUUUCCUCUGCUCUCAAUACAACCUGCGCCCUGAGCAGGCUCUCAUCGUGGGGGACCGGCUUGACACCGAUAUUGCCAUGGGUCGACAGGGCGGCCUGCUAACGGUUCUGCCGCUGACGGGCGUCACGUCCCAACACGAGCUGGCGGCAGCCGCGCAUGAUGAGCUGCCGCACUUUGUAAUUGAUAACUUGGCGGUCCUUGCAGGCAUCCAAACUUGCUGA